AUGAAGAUAAUGAAGGGAAAGAUCGUCAGGGCAUGCACGAACAAGUGGAGAAAACAGAGGAGUAAAGUCGUACCUUGUGCAGCUUGUGAGUAUUGCUGUCAAUGGGUUCUUUGGCCUCCAAUACUUGAAGAGAGUUCUAUUCCAAAAGAUGUCCCAAAGGGUCACUUGGUAGUCUACGUGGGUGAGAACUACAAGAGGUUUGUAAUCAAAAUAGCCAUCCUUAAUCAUCCAUUCUUCAAGGCUUUGCUGGAUCAAGCACAGGAUGAAUAUGAUUUCACUACUGACUCGAAACUCUGCAUCCCUUGCGACGAAAGUCUUUUUCUCAGUGUUGUUCACUGCGCUAGCUUUCCUGACGAUCGGAAGAUCUCUGUGUGUCUUUGUCUUUAG